AAAAAUCUGGGCGAGAAGAAGUCGCGGCUGUAAAUCGACUCUCAUCUGAUCCGAAGGCUUGAGUUGCAUCCACCACUACUUUAUCGUUGCGGAAGAUUGCGAGGUUUUCUCACACCAGAUUUUUGCACCAUGGCUCCGAGAAAUGUUGAGCCGGACAAUGUUAGCGACUCAUCCUCUUCAUCCGAUCCUUUGGACACAAGAAAUGACGAAGGGUGGGAGGAUGUGGAACAGGACGAAGAGCCCAUCACCGUUGUGUCUCUCUUUGACGAGAAGACAUUUCCAGACGCCUCGAGUAUGCUGACCUACUGUCGAGACAAUCACAACUUUGAUAUCUGGAAGAUACGACAAACCCUUGGCCUUGACUUUCUCGACCUGAUCAAACUUGUCAACUAUAUCCGCUCCGAGGUCAGAGCAGGCAACGCAUACCAUACCGUAUCUUCGAAAUCAGUCUUUGACGACGACAAAUAUCUCAAGCCGGUUUUGGAGGACGACGCGCUUCUGUACAGUUUGGAUGAUGUGUUCGAGGACACUACUAGCUCCGGGCCCGCCAACGAAGUCGACCAACUCCGCGAGCAGCUGGCCACUCUACAAUCUCAAUUCGCGGCGUAUCGAGAGCAAGUCCAGAGUGCUCUUCUCGACAGACUAGACGUCCAAGACGGCGGCGCGCCAGAAUUCAACGCCGCACGUACCGGCCGUCAGGGUGCUACCACCAAAGACAACACCGAAGAGUUCGACAAGGAUUACUUCAAAUCAUACUCGUAUAACUCGAUCCACGAGUCCAUGAUCAAGGACCGUAUUCGAACCGACGCGUAUCGAGACUUCAUCUAUGACCACAAGGAGUUGUUCCAGGAUAAAGUCGUCCUUGACGUUGGCUGUGGCACCGGAAUCUUGUCCAUGUUUUGUGCCAAAGCCGGAGCGAAGCUGGUCAUUGCGGUGGACAACUCGGACAUCAUCGACAAGGCCCGCGAGCACGUGUACACCAACAAUCUGCAGGACACGAUCAAAUGUCUACGUGGCAAGAUUGAGGAGGUCCAACUACCUGUCGAGAAAGUCGACAUCAUCGUCAGCGAGUGGAUGGGGUACUGUCUGCUCUACGAGUCCAUGCUGGAUUCAGUCCUUUACGCACGAGACAGGUACCUGGCACCGGAUGGACUCAUGGUGCCGUCUCACGCCAGCUUGCGGAUCGCGCCCUUGGCCGACUCAGAGUUGAAGGCGUCGCACAUUGAUUUCUGGCGCCACGUGUACGGCUUCGACAUGACGCCCAUGCUGGAACGGGCACACGAGGAGGCCAUCGUUCGUGUUACGGACAAGAAAGAGCUGGCCGCCAAAAGCGUCCCGUUUCUCGAGUUGGAUCUGCACACCUGCCAGGUUGGAGAUUUGACCUUCACGAAACCCUUCGCGGCGACUUGGAAGGAUGGGUUCAAGGUGCUCGAGGGAUUCGUUGUGUGGUUUGACAUCAUCUUCGCCACGGGUCGGAAGCAGAAUGUCAAUGCGGGAAUGACGGCCGCGGAAGCAAAAAAAGCCGGCGUCGUCGCCUUUUCGACUGGUCCCGCCACCGAAGCCACGCACUGGCAACAGGGAAUCUUUUUGAUCAAAAACCCGGGAAAAACGGAGGAGUUUGAAAAGGGUGAUUUGGUCAGUGGCGAGAUCACCUACCUCAAGAAGCAAGGACAAGAGAGGUCCCUGGACAUUGAGAUCUCUUGGAACAAAGGAUCGGCAUCGGCGUCUCAGGGAAAGACCAAGAAACAGAUGUGGGUGCUGGAUUGAUUUCCGUUCCUGACCCGAAGUCAUUGCUCUAGAUCUAUACCAGUCAGUGGUCGAUGAAGAGGAAGUGUUAGCAGAGCAAGCAUGAAGAUGGCGAGCGGUUUCAGACAGACACAGACAUAGACCUAGCAUUCAGUUAUUAGACCAAGAGAUGUACUGUAAGCCCUUGGUAG